AUGGCAAACAACUUCGCCAGAAUUUUGUCCUCCAAACGAAAUGUGGGGAUUCUGUCAUUAAUUGGAGCCGGGUCUUUGACAGCGGGCUUUCUGCUCAACCAUGAACAUGUCACCGCUGGAGCGCAAGUACGGAGAGUGUACCCUGCCAGGUAAACCACGACGCACUUUACUGCUAUAUAUGGACAUUUUCAGUCUAGCCAUUUCAAGUGCGAGAGCGUAUUGACAUUCAGGAUUUAGAUACAGUAGCCUAAUACGUGAAUAAUAUGCUGACCUAGAUGAAAUUAUUUUACUGUCAAGGCAAUUCGAGCGACUGGAGACGAUUGUGGUUUUUUGAGUCUUUCCAUCAUAAAUAAGCUAGCCUAUUUGUGAAAAUUAUAACCGACCUAGGCCUGUUUAUUCUCGAAAUAUAUUAAACUUAUAUUGCGCCACGUUCUUUAUACCCAAUAAUGAAUCAUUAAUAUACAUAUAAAGAAUGAAAGAUGCAUUUUCUCACAAUAAUUAUCUGAAUGCUACAUGGUACCAUGAGGGAAUGUUUUUCCAACAAAUUCCAGGCUACAUUGAAAUGCUGAAAUUGAGUUGUUGAUUGAUGAGAGGGGUGUGCUUUUUCCGGGACCAUGGUGGAAUGGUCUAGAUUUGACCUUAUAUGACCUGCAUUGGGUCUGGGAAAACUCUGCUUUUGUGGCUUUAUAGGCCUAAUGAUAGGCAGAAUCUACCGCACACCCAAAACCGAAUGGAGGUGCUGUAGGUAAAAUGCUAAACUGGAAAAUGUGAUUGCUUCAUGUGUAUUAAGAAUUAGAGGAUAUUUCGUUUCCAAAGGAUAGUUGAAGAAUGCUCGACUUCUGGUGUGACCAGAUUGUAUCAUGUUUGUCGACACUGAUGCGUCAUCGGUGAUGACUGCGCUCUGUGCCAGGUGUAUACUGUACAUAGCGCAUGCAUGCAGUACAUGCCAAAAGCCCGCAACUAGUGGUAGGCUAUGUCAAAGAAAAGCUCAGGUAAGAUAUAAUUAUAGCUAGCUCUUAACAGUCAGAGCCAUAGAUGGAAAUCUCUGUAGGUGUUGAAGUGCAGUGAGUCUUAGGUUAUAAUUCUCAGGAGCAUCAUAAUAAUGAGCACCAAUUAGUCAUGUACACAUUUCCAAUUGAAUUUAGAAUUUAAACUGUCCUUGUGGUUGUUUAUCAAUUACAAUGAUAUAGCAAUCUUUUGUGAGUGACUGACUGUGUCCUGACAGUGCGGAGUACCCGGACCUACGCAAGCACAACAACUGCAUGGCCAGCCACCUGACCCCUGCCAUCUAUGCCAAGCUGGUGGAAAAGGCCACGCCCAACGGGUACUCCCUGGACCAGGCCAUCCAGACUGGUGUGGACAACCCUGGGCACCCCUUCAUCAAGACCGUGGGCAUGGUGGCAGGGGACGAGGAGUCAUACGAGGUCAGAACAAGGGGCAUUAGUUUGAGGCAGCAGUUAAAGGUCAACGUAGUGAAGCCAUAGGCUGUGUUUGUUCUCUCAAAGAAUUGAUUGAAAUCAUGAUGCAAUUUACGCCUACACAUGCAGACCGUAGUUUUCUGUAGCUAGUUACAGAAAGCUAAACCAACAACCACAAACCAAAAUGGUAAAUGCAGGUCCAAAGAAGAACGCUAGCUAGCAAUUGAUUUGUUUUUGCAUAUUUUUUGGGAACUUCUGAUGACCUAGCGUGGUGAGGGAUGAACAUGAAUUUCUUCAGUCAUGAUGCAAGUGGCACUAUGCAGUCAAAUCCUUCCACAUGGAAUUUCUAGUUUGACCAGCAACUGAUAUUUUUGAAUUCGGUUGUCAUUUUGGCAAGCUUGUUAGCAACAAACUAUUUAGCUAGCUUCUAACCUAGUGUUUGACAUGCAAUGUGAUCUCGUAAUGCACAGUGUCGACGAGUGUCCUGACGAAGGCACUAUGUGUGAUUUAGUAUUGUUUUCUUUGGCAACUGUGGUAUAAGCAGGAUAAACGCCUCCGUUCUGUACAUUACCAUGGAAAAAUGUACUCCGCAAAGGGACUUGCGCUGCGUCGUCCAUUAUUUCCAAGUUAUAUCAUGGCAUUGUUGAAUACUGGUUUCUGAUUGGCUUGAAGGGCAUUCUAGAGCGUGCAUUACUUCCCUAUAACACACGGUAUAUCAGCACGGUAGAAUUCAAUGGCUAUAGUUAAUUUCAUAAAUGUUCUAUGUUUGAACUGCUUUUGAAAGCAAAAAUCAAAUUGGAAACAUUAUUGGCAUUGUUGAAUUCGAUUUUCAUAAUAGCAAGCUAGGACUGAUGGUUAGCUAAAUGAGCAAGUCUGUUGGUUUGGUUACCACGGCAACUACUGUAGCUAUCUAGUCAACUUGCUAGCUACUUCAGUGGAUGUUGAACACAUUUCUACCUGCAAAUGAACAAAUUUCUAGCGGCAAAUGUGUUAAAUUAUAGCUAUGGUAUGAAAGGGCCAUAUACCACACCCCCUCGGGCCUUAUUGCUUAACUAAACUGCAUUUUAAUACUAUACUGUAAGCCUGUCUAGUAGUUUGUAAAGUGACAAUGAUAAUUUAAAGAACUCCCAUCCUUUCAGCUUAGGUGUGACAACUAUUGUAGGCUAUAUUAUGAUGUUAUAUGGUCAGACUUCUGAUGUGGAUGUGGGGGGUUUCAGGUGUUUGCAGAACUCCUUGACCCAGUCAUCAAGGAGCGGCACAAUGGCUACGACCCUCAGACUAUGACCCAUCCCACCGACUUGGACUCCAGCAAGGUAUAGAGAUGCAACUUCAUUGAAAACAACAGUAUAGGGCUGCGUCCCAAAUGGCACCCUAUUCCUUUUGUAGUGCACUACUUUUGACCAGGGAAUAGGUUGUAGGCCCUGGUCAGAAGUAGUGCACUAUAAAGGGAAUAGGAUAACAUUUGGGAUGCUGCCUAGAUGUGACAGUGUGCCCUCACUAGUGAGAUUAAUAUAACUGGCUGAAUGGUGGCACUGUCCUUUAGCACCAAGUUUGCCCUGACCAUUGCUAUCUCUACCUAAUCUCUUUUCAGCACCACACACAGACGAUGUUAGGCGCUGCAUACUACUCUGUUACCUAACAUUAAAAGGUGGACAGAUUCACUCACCGGACGCUACACUAGGGGAGAACGACUGCCCCCUUUCAUUGAAGCCAUGUAGUUCAAGGCCGACCGAGGUGUUGCAGGCUGUUGUUUUGAGAAAGCAGGAUCCCCCUUUAUAGUCAAUGGGAAAAUGGAAUCUUCAUAUAAAGAACAAAUUCGAAGACAAUCAUGGUACCAAUAGUUGCUUCUAUUACACCAGAUGUAUGUCCUUGAACCAAUUAUUUUGAAAUCGCACACAGAAGAAGUUAUAAGGAUAGUUUAGUUGCUACCGGCAGCCUGCAGUACCCCAGUCGGCCUUCAACUUGAGAUACUCCAUGAGAGGGGGCAGUUGUUCUCCCCUGGUCGCAGCUUGCAACAUCACUUCCUGGAGUAGUUCAAACUGCGCUUGUUAUGUCUUGAGAAUCCCACCCAUGAGACCUCUUACCAAGAUAAAACAGACUUCCUGAGCUUCAAAUGCGCCAUUGAGUCGUCACAUAGGAAUGAAUGCUGUGACGUUGGCUUUGUCCAUUCAUAUACAGUCAAUGCAUUACACUAAUCAGUUAUACCAGCUAAUAUUAUAUCAUUAGGCAGUAAAUCCAUUGCGCAUACUAGAAUGUUAUGUUACGUGAAUAUAUUAUAUGCUACAAUGAAUUAUAUGGCAUACAAAUCAUUUGUUAAGGGAACAAAAUAUAGAAACAAUCAUAUGUCUUGACUUGGCUUAUACCCUUUUGCUCUUUGGGGAUCAUAGAUCAUUCACAAACUUCCUCCAUCAAUUUCGGUGUUGUGAUACUAGGCCUAUAUGUAAUACUAUUUACUAUACUAAAUGCCAUUCAUUCUUUUUCUAUUUCUCUCCAUUUGCAGCUCACGUCUGGCAACUUUGACGAGCGCUACGUGCUGUCAUCGCGGGUCAGGACUGGCCGUAGCAUCAGGGGGCUAAGCCUGCCCCCGGCGUGUACCCGGGCGGAACGCCGCGAGGUGGAGAGGGUGGUGGUUGACGCGCUGGCUGGCCUGAAGGGGGACCUGGCAGGGACCUACUACAGCCUCACCCACAUGACAGACCAGGACCAGCAGCAGCUCAUUGACGUGAGUCAAGGGGCCAAUCCAUUUGACGUGUUUUAAGGAAAUAAAGGAGAGUGAGAAAAGGGAAACAAUAGCAAUGAUUUUUUUUAGGACAUUGAUAUUGGUCCACUUUCAUUAAGACAGCAUUUCCUGUCUCUUUUGUUUUGAUAUAGGACCACUUCCUGUUUGACAAACCCGUGUCCCCUCUGCUGACCUGUUCGGGGAUGGCUCGUGAUUGGCCAGACGCACGCGGUAUCUGGUAAGCACCUGUUAGUUAUAGAUACGGACCCUUAGUGGUCAUAAACAGUCGUAACAGUGAGAGGUUUUCAUUGUUUCACUGUUAUUUGCAUACAGUUCGUGCUACACAUCAACAUGACCCUUCUUUAUGGAGGAUUUCCUUCUUGCAAAAUAAUGCCCUCUAGCUUGUAGCUCCUCUAGAUUGAGCCUUAAAAGUGCAUUAGUGGCAGGGAGCCUAGCAGUUAGUGUUGGUCGGGUAACCGAAAGGUGGCUGGUUCAAAUACCUGAGGCGACAAGGUGAAAAAUCUGUCAAUGUGUCCUUGAGCAAGGCACUUAACCCUAAUUUGCUCUAGGGCCGCUGUACUACUAUAGCUUACCCUAUGCUUCCCAGUUGAUACUGUUCGUGCAUAUAUUCUGACAAAAUCUUGUGACAUUUUUGUUGGUUUUGGUGUUAUGCAGUUUUUUUUGUUGUUUUUUGCUGUUCCAGCACACAUUUUUUCUUGAGGCUAGUCGAAGUUCGGUAGACGAAGUCUACACCCCUUCGUCGGUGAUUGGUCAACAGUAGGGAUUCUUCAAUUACGUGUUUGUUGUCAUUCAAUGAGAGAAGACUAGUUUUCAUGGACAUUUUGUUCACUUUAGAAAUACUGCACCAAACAUCUAACAUCUUAGUUAGAUGUAAAAUUGCGUGACUGAGACCUCCUCGGCAAAAACGUCUAAAUUGAUUACAGAUUUCUUGAUUUAUCUUAGAUUAAUUCGGACUAUUUUGAAGAAGUGUAUAUUGGCUAUUUGUUGCUAGGGCUUCUCAAGAGGGACAAACUGUAAUAUUUCUCUAUUUUCAACCGAAGGUCUUUUAAUGGCAGCUCCACCACUUUUCAACCUCAUUUUCAUUAUCUUCAUCUUCAGCGCAAUACCAAUGUCUAUGUCAUAUGUAACAAUAAAAGUGCAUUUCUAAGUUUUUGUAGAAAAAAAUAUAAAGUUAAAAAGUUCUACCUGAUGACAUCAUUUUCAAACACUAUGAGAUUCGCGGUGACGUGGGGAAAAAUAAAAUACCCUCCCUCUGGCUAAAAACUCAUUACAGGUUUUGAAAAUCCCAGUUUUAAUCCUACCCUGUGAUGUCACAGAGAAGCAUUUUUUAGGACCUUAUCUUUUUAACCACAGAUCUUAGAAACAUGCCAUUUUCACAUAUUUAGACACUGGUAUUGUGCUGGAGAUUAUGAAUAUGAGGUUGAAAAGUGGUGGAAUUGCCGUUUAAGGGAGUAUGCUAGGCAGAGAUGUUCGCUUUGCCUAGCCAUGUUCUUCUAGGUGCAAACCGAACCUAGUAUGUGGACGCCUUAAGACUGACCCUGUAAAACACCUAAUUUCACUGCACCUGUCCGAUGUAUGUGACAAUAAAAACAUAAACGACAACAACAGACAAUCAGGGCCAGAGCUACAUAUGAGGACAUAUUAUUUUACUUUUUUGGAACUCAGUCAGGGUCUCAACUUACUGUUGAGAGUUAAAAUAGUAGAAUACACAAGGUGCAAUUUCGAAACUUGGUUGUACAUUGGCAGUUUUUCUCUUGUUAUAUGUCACUCACUAACCAGGUUUCCAUCCAACCUUUUCAUGCGCGUAAAGUACAAUUUCAUGACAGGCCUGAUGGAAACAGAACAUUUCCCGGUAAACUUUCCAAAUGUCGACAAAACAAAAUACGCUAGACAAGUUGGGAUCUUUUUGUGUCAGUAAAAUGAAUUAUGCGAGAAAUGUCAGUGGAAACGCUUUUGUGCGCAAAUAUUUAUAUAAUAACCAUCAUAUCGAAGUUGACCUGGAGUCACACGAUGACAUGGUGUGUGGUCCUCCCACUGAUUUGUCGGGAAAGAAUGCAGUUUAUUAGGCUACAGAUUAAAUAAAGGAUGAUGACCUUCACAGUGUGGUGAAAGUGCACGGUGAUGAUCUUGAUGCUCCUUUCCAAUAAAUAUUGAGGGUCUUAUUCUGGGGACAUGAUAAUCGAUGCUUGGCUGCUGUUUGACAAAUAAAAGUAAUCUCGCUCUUUUGUCCAUAAUAGUAAUCUCAUCAGGUAGGCUAUAGGUGCACUCUAGCCAACAAUGUGCAGAUAGCAGUGUGCGCACGUGCCAAGACCAGAGUGGGCACACUCGCUAUAUAACGCAACAUGUUUUGUGAGAAAACCAUCAGUAGAGUUGAAAAUGCGAUGGAAACCCAUUUAACUUGUGUUUUUAUUCGGUACAUGGGAAUUUAACUGCAAAAGGUAUUUAAUGUGCACUACCUCAUCACACACAGCCUUUUAUCUGCAACAAGCCAAUUUCAUGGAAACAUCUUUGGAGGGAAAACAUGCAUAUUGUUUUUAUGCGGAUUUGAGAAUAUUCACAUUAAAAUCUGUUGCCAAUUGGAUGGAAACCUAGCUAUAGACAGUCACUAAAUUAGCCCAUAUCUGUUCAAAUUAGUCUAGUUAGACUAGCCAGCUAUCUAAACUUUUAGUUAUCAUGGCCGAAUUACCGACCGGGCAAGCAGGGUACAUGCCCAGGGGCCCUGACCUCCAGGGGGCCCCCAUUGAUGUAGCUAGUCACUCUUGCUCAGAUAUCAUAAUUAACAUGGCAUAAGGCAUGGCAAAAUGUGUAGAAUUGCAGGAAAUUAGCUGUAAAACUGCACAAUAAAAUACAAAUCUCUAAAGCAAAUGUAUUUGUUUACCUUUUGUUAAUAAAAUAAUUUUCUGCUAACAGAUCGCACUGUACGUAUUAAAUUAUAGUUUUCAAUCCCGGUGCUGAGUUAAUGUGAGUUAAUGUGCAGCGGCUAAUUGUAUACAGUGCCUUCAGAAAGUAUUCAUACCCCUUGACUUAUUCCACAUUUUGUUGUGUUACAGCCUGAAUUCAAAAUGGACUAAUUAAAUAAAACAUCUCACCCAUCUACACACAAUACCCCAUAAUGACAAAGUGAAAACAUGUUUUUAGAAAUGUUGGCAAAUGUAUUGAAAAUCAAAUACAGAAAUAUCUCAUUUACAUAAGUAUUCACACCCCUGAGUCAAUACUUUGUAGAAGCACCUUUGGCAGCGACUACAGCUGUGAGUCUUUCUGGGUAAGUCUUUUCAGGUCUUGCCAUAGAUUUUCAAGGAGAUUUAAGUCAAAACUGUAACUCGGCCACUCAGGAACAGUCACUGCCUUCUUGGUAAGCAACUCCAGUGUAGAUUUGGCCUUGUGUUUUAUGUUAUUGUCCUGCUGAAAGGUGAAUUCGUCUCCCAGUGUCUGGUCCAUCAUUUUUUAUCCUGAAAACCUCCCCAGUCCUUAACGAUUACAAGCAUACCCAUAACAUGAUGCAGCCACCACUGUUCUUGAAAAUAUGGAGAGUAGUACUCAGUAAUAUGUUGUAUUGGAUUUGCCCCAAACAUAACACUUUGUAUUCAGGACACAACGUUCAUUUCUUUGCCACAUUUUUAGCAGUAUUACUUUAGUGCAAACAGGAUGCAUGUUUUGUAAUAUUUUUAUUCUGUACAGGCUUCCUUCCUUUCACUCUGUCAAUUAGGUUAGUAUUGUGGAGUAACUACAAUGUCAUUGACCCAUCCUUAGUUUUCUCCUAUCACAGCCAUUAAACACGAACUGUUUUAGUCACCAUUGGCCUCAUGGUGAAAUCCCUGAGCGGUUUCCCUCCUCUCCGGCAACUGAUUUAGGAAGGACACCUGUAUCUUUGUAGUAACUGGGUGUAUUGAUAUACCAUCCAAAGUGUUAAUAACUUCACCAUGCUCAAAGGUAUAUGCAAUGUCUGCCCUUAUUUGCGAGGCAUUGGAAAACCUCCCUGGUCUUUGUGGUUGAAUCUAUGUUUGAAAUUCACUGCUCGACUGAUAAUACAGAUAAUUGUAUGUGUGGUGUACAGAGAUAAAAGAUAGUCAUUCAAAAAUCCUAUUAAACACUAUUAUUGCACAUAGUGAGUCGAUGCAACUAAUUAUGUGACUUGUUAAGCACAUUUGUACUCCUGAACUUAUUUAGGCUUGCCAUAACAAAGGGGUUGGAUACUUAUUGACUCAAGACAUUUCAGAUUUUCAUUUUUAAUUAAUUUCUAAAAACAGAAUUUCACUUUGACAUUAUGGGGUAUUGUUUGUAGGCCAGUGACAAAAAAAUCUCAAUUGAAUCCAUUUUAAAUUCAGGCUGGAACAGAACAAAAUGUGGAAAAAGUCAAUUGGCUAUGUGUUUGUAGAUUGACUGAGGUGAAUGAAGUACAGCAACCAAUGUGAUAAUGGCUGGGGUAAUUUUUGUUUGUUUUAGCUGUUCUCCAAAUGGCAUUUUAGAGUUUUUAAAUUGUAUAUAAAUGCAGUAAAUGAGCUUCAACUUUCUUUACAUUUAUAAGAAAGUUAACCCCCUUUCACCCCCCUCAAGACCUCACUAAAACUCAGACCCUGGCUAUGGCCCUGCAGACAAUGCCCUCUCCGCAUUGAGUUUCAGCCGGUGGCCCAAAAAUAGCCUGGUGCCAACCACAACCCUGUCAUGGCCCACUCCAGCAUCGAUCACCAGCCUCCCUUUUACCCCCCUCUGUGCCUACAGCAUACCAAACUCUUCUUCUCUCCUAUAUAAUUCACCCUCUCUCUCUCCGUUUGACAGCUCUCCUCCUUUCAUCCUGCCCUUCGCUCUCCUGGCUCCAGACCUGUCAAUUACUUCAUUAAAUUCUCUAAUUGUUUUUAGGAAGUCCGUUUUUAGUCAAUGCAAUUCAUACAAUGCAUUACAAUGAGAUUAUUAAUUGUAUGGCAUUACUGUAUGCAUAACAAUGCAUUACUAUGAGAUUAUUGCUUAUUGCAUUAUGGUAUGCAUAACAAUGCAUUACUAUGAGAUAAUUGCGUAUAUGGCAAUACUGUAUGCAUAACAAUGCAUUACUAUGAGAUUAUUGUGUAUAUGGCAAUACUGUAUACGGCCAUCAUCACCUCAAUGUUUUGUGAAUGAAGUUAUAAAGUAAGUACAUUUAUGGUAAAUGGAACCCGGGACAUCAACUCUAGUUGGUGCAAUGGAGAAUAGGAAAAUGAUCUCUUAGUCAUAUACUGAUAUUGUCUAACUCAAUCCAUUAUGACGAGGGCUCUGAGGAAUGUAUUUCCUUUUACCAACAUUAAGGAAAAGCAUUGAUAUCAAUGGUUGAGAUCAGCUCCGCCUAAAUAGUCUACGGACGCUGGUGGCAAUGGUGGGAUCCGUUUCCAUUGGGUAGCAAUACACAAGUAUUUGUGUUUUUAAAAACACACAUGUUGAUUUCAAUAUUGAUUUAAGUAUUGGUUUAAGAGUGAUUUUAAACCAUCUCCACUCCUUUGUACCAAACCCAGGCACAACAACACGAAGACCUUCCUCAUCUGGAUCAAUGAAGAGGAUCACACCAGGGUCAUCUCUAUGGAGAAGGGAGGCAACAUGAAGAGAGUCUUUGACCGCUUCUGCACAGGCCUGAAAGAGGUGCACACACACACUCACACACUUUAAUUAUUUAUCUAAUUGUUCCAAGUUCCUCAUUAGAUGCAGAUGCAGGAGACGCCAAAAUGUCAAAGCAAGGACUGUUAUUGAACAGUAGCAAUGACUACACUACACACACUCAGAAAUACACACAAGUAUUUGAAUACUACAGUGCAUUCGGAAAGUAUUCAGACCCAUUGACUUUUUCCACAUUUUGUUACAUUACAGCCUUAUUCUAAAAUUGAUUAAAUAAAACAUUUUCCUCAUCAAUCUACACACAAUACCCCAUAAUGACAAAGCAAAAACAGGUUUUUAGAAAUCUCUUCAAAUGUGUGACAAAUAAAAAACAGAAAUACCUUAUUUACUUAAGUAUUCAGACCCUUUGCUAUGAGACUCGAAAUUGAGCUCAGGUGCAUCCUGUUUUGAUUGAUCAUCCUUGAGAUGUUUCUACAACUUCAUUGAAGUCCACCUGUGGUGAAUUCAAUUGAUUGGACAUGAUUUGGAAAGGCACACACCUGUCUAUAUAACGUCCCACAGUUGACAGUGCAUGUCAGAGCAAAAACCAAGCCAUGAGGUCUAAGGAAUUGUCCGUAUAGCUCAGAGACAGGAUUGUUUUGAGGCACAGAUCUGGGGAAGGGUACCAAAACAUUUCUGCAGCAUUGAAGGUCCCCAAGAACACAGUAGCCUCCAUCAUUUGGAACCACCAAGACUCUUCCUAGAGCUGGCCGCCCGGCCAAACUGAGCAAUCGGGGGAGAAGAGCCUUGGUCAGGGAGGUGACCAAGAACCCGAUGGUCAAUCUGACAGAGCUCCAGAGUUCCUCUGUGGAGAUGGGAGAACCAAUCAGGCCUUUAUGGUAGAGUGGCCAGACGGAAGCCACUCCUCAGUAAAAGGCACAUGAAAGCCCUCUUGGAGUUUGCCAAAAGGCACCUAAAGACUCUCAGACCAUGAGAAACGAGAUUCUCUGCUCUGAUGAAACCAAGAUUGAACUCUUUGUCCUGAAUGCCAAGCGUCACAUCUGGAGGAAACCUGGCACCAUCCCUACGGUGAAGCAUGGUGGUGGCAGCAUCAUGCUGUGGGGAUGUUUUUCAGUGGCAGAGACUGGGAGACUAGUCAGGAUCGAGGGAAAGAUGAACGGACCAAAGUACAGAGAGAUCCUUGAUGAAAACCUGCUCCAGAGCACUCAGGACCUCAGACUGGGGCGAAGGUUCACCUUCCAACAGGACAAUGAUCCUAAGCACACAGCCAAGACAAUGCAGGAGUGGCUUCAGGACAAGUCUCUGAAUGUCCUUGAGUGGCCCAGCCAGAGCCCGGACAUUAACCCGAUCAAACAUCUCUGGAGAGACCUGAAAAUAGCCCGUCAGCGACACUCCCCAUUCAACCUGACAGAGCUUGAGAGGAUCUGCAGAGGAGAAUGGGAGAAACUCCCCAAAUACAGGUGUGCCAAGCUUGUAGUGUCAUACCAAAGAAGACAUGAGGCUGUAAUCACUGCCAAAGGUGCUUCAACAAAGUACUGAGUAAAGGGUCUGAAUACUUAUGUAAAGGUGAUAUUUCCAGGGUUUUUUAAUAUACAUUUGCUAAAAAAUCUAAAAACCAGUUUUUGCUUUGUCAUUAUGGGGUAUUGUGUGUAGAUUGAUGAGGGGAAAAAACAAUUUCAUCAAUUUUAGAAUAAGGCUGUAACGUAACAAAAUGUGGAAAAAGUCAAGGGGUCUGAAUAUUUUCAGAAUGCACUGUAUAUAUGGACCCAGAAUAUAACAUGGUAGCGUACAAGAACCUGGGUUUUUUGAAGGUCAAGACAAAGAUACACAACCGAUCACUAUAUGGCUGCUGACCGACAGUGUAUGUUUGCAAGAUAAAUUGCAUUUCAUUUUAAAAUCUAUGUUUUCAUCUAAUCUAAAGUUGUAAUGCAAUGUUUGGUCAGGUGGAGAGGCUGAUUCAGGAGAAAGGCUGGGAGUUCAUGUGGAAUGAGAGACUGGGCUACAUCCUCACUUGCCCCUCCAACCUGGGCACUGGGCUCCGCGCUGGUGUACACGUCAACCUGCCCAAGCUCAGCAAGGUAACACACACACAAACUGCAAUAUCUACUCAGAGCACCAACAAUCAUACACAGCAAAAAUGGAGUCUUACCUUGAUUUUGUUUAUCUUGUAUUGAGUGAAAAUGAAUUUUAAAUGACUUUUUUUCUUACCAAGAUACAUUAUCUUACUACAUUGGCAGAUCAUGUUGCUUAUUUUGACCUAAAAAGGCUUGACACAAGUGGGGUAAGGUAAUUUCUCUUGUGUCAAGAUAUUUUUUCUUAAUAAGACGUCUUACUAAGAUAAAUAUUUGGCUUGCCCCAUACAGAUUUACACACUCACAAACACACAAACCUCUAUACCCUCACACCAGCGACCAACAAGAUCACCACUUUCCAGUCAUUCAAGCCCCAUUAGUCUUCUGAAAAUUCCUCUCCCCUAACCAGGGCCAUGCUUGUGAGCAAAACGUUUUUACAUCGGAAAUGAGUGUUUCCUGUUGGACAAGUUCAGAUCGUAUCUCUUCAUUUCGGACCGUUUUCCUACGUUUUGUGCCCUAUCAAAAUCAAAUCAAAUUGUAUUGGUCGCAUACACAUAUUUAGCAGAUGUUAUUGUGGGUGUGGUGAAAUACUUGUGUUCCUAGCUCCAACAGUGCAGUAGUAUCUAACAAUUCACACAAAUCUAAAAGUAAAAUAAUGGAAUUAAGAAAUAUAUAAUAUUAGGAUGAGCAAUGUCAGAGUGGCAUUGACUAAAAUACAGUAGAAUACAGUAUAUACAUAUGAAAUUAGUAAAGCACUAUGUAAACAUUAUUAAAGUGACCAGUGUUCCAUUAUUAAAGUGACCAGUGAUUCCAAGUCUAUGUACAUAGGGCAGCAGCCUCUAAGGUGCAGGGUUGAGUAACCGGGUGGUAGCCGGCUAGUGACAGUGACUAAGUUCAGGGCAGGGUACUGGGUGGAGGCCGGCUAGUGAUGGCUAUUUAACGGUCUGAUGGCCUUGAGAUAGAAGCUGUUUUUCAGGGUCUCGGUCCCAGCUUUGAUGCACCUGUACUGACCUCGCCUUCUGGAUGAUAGCGAGGUGAACAGGCCGUGGCUCGGGUGGUUGAUGUCCUUGAUGAUCUUUUUGGCCUUCCUGUGACAUUGGGUUCUGUAGGUGUCCUGGAGGGCAGGCAGUGUGCCCCCGGUGAUGCGUUGGGCAGACCGCACCAGCCUCUGGAGAGCCCUGCGGUUGCAGGCGGUGCAGUUUCCGUACCAGGUGGUGAUACAGCCCGACAGGAUGCUCUCAAUGGUGCAUCUGUAAAAGUUUGUGUCUGUAACCCCACUGCAGGACCCCCGCUUCACAAAGAUCCUGGACAACCUGCGUCUGCAGAAGAGGGGCACCGGAGGAGUGGACACUGCAGCCGUGGGCAGCACCUUUGACAUCUCCAACCUGGACAGACUGGGACAGUCAGAGGUAAUAGGGAAUACAUAGUGUAGGGUGAAGUUUCUCUUAGACACUGAUCUUGAGUCAGUUUGGAAUUUCCCCCCACUAAUGGUUAAGGUUAGGAUUGGGAAAGGGAAGCUGAUUCUAGAUCUGCCACUGCCACGGGGUGCAUCUCAAUAGUCUAAAAUGGCAUACUCUCCACUCCUCUCGUUUACCUGCACCUACAAUACAUUAAAAUACAAGGCAAUGCAAUAAAAGUUAUUAUCCCAAAUGAGGAAAUUCACUUGGUCAUUACAACUAAUGUAGGACUGAGAUGGAGGACAUUCAUCAAUAGCCUAAGCUCCUUAUGAGCCAAGGGCUUAAGAAGGCAAAUCAAAAGCUGUUAUUCAAAAUCUGAGAAGGUAGGUCAACACAAUACGGUGAAGAGUACCAAAUGCAUUUGCUUUACAGCUCGAUAUAGUAAAUGAGAGGAUAUGAGCGAGGAAGCCAUUUUAGACUACUGAGAUGCGGCCAUGGGUUGUACUGGAAGGCUUGAACAAUGUCUUGAGGAGAGUCUGUCUUGCCUCUGUUUGUGUGUUGUGUACCCUCUUGUGUUCCCAGUCAUGCUGUCAUGCCUGUGUCUGCAUGCGAGAUGGUGACAUAGAUAAAGGAAGACAAUGGGACUAUUCUGUAUUAUGUGUUGUUGGUGGUGUGAGUCCUGGAGAGCCACAAUAUGUGCAGAGUACCAGACACUUGUACAGUCUAUGCCAAGGCGCAUUGAAGCUGUUCUGGCAGCUCUUGGUGGCCCAAUGCCCUAUUAAGACACUUUCUGUUGGUGGUUCAUUUAUUAUGGCAGUUACCUGUAGAUCCUCCACUAACACUGUGCAUUUACACACACACACACACACACACACACACACACACACACACUCACACACACACCAAUUAAGAUGUGGUUGACUAUUUGAAUCAGGUAUGGGAAAAAAGCCUGCACACACUGCCGCUCUCCAGGACCAAUCGGUGAGGAAUGCAGAUAUGUUAAACACCUAACUAGAUGUUGUGAGAUCUGGCACAGUCUGCAAUGCAGUCGUUCUCCAACACACCCACUGUCUCUCUGUGUGAUCAGGUCCAGCUAGUGCAGACGGUGGUGGACGGCGUCAACUACCUGAUCGACUGUGAGAAGAAACUGGAGAAGGGUCAGGACAUCAAGAUCCCCCCGCCGCUCAAG